GCGACGCGCUCCCAGUGCUGCUCCUCGCGUCGCCGUCGGCGGCGUGCCCACCUCCAAGAUGGCGGCAGCGGUGGCCGUGUCUGGAGCCCUGGGCCGAGCGGGCUGGAGGUUCCUGCGGCUGCGGUGUCUACCCGUGUCCCGCUGUCGACCAGCCCUGUUGCCACGUGCCUUCCAUGCUUCAGCUCUGCAACUAAGGUCUUCAGAUGAGCAGAAGCAGCAACCUCCCCCCUCUUUUUCUCAGCAACAUUCUGAGACACAGGAGUCAGAAAAACCCAAUCCAGAGGCUCCUCGUUCACCCCCUAGGUACACAGACCAGGGUGGCGAGGAGGAGGAGGACCAUGAGAGUGAGGAGCAGCUGCAGCACCGCAUCCUGACGGCAGCCCUGGAGUUCGUGCCGGCCCAUGGGUGGACGGCAGAGGCAAUUGCAGAAGGAGCCCAGUCUCUGGGUCUCUCCAGUGCGGCAGCCAGCAUGUUUGGGAAUGAUGGCAGUGAGCUGAUCCUGCAUUUCGUGACUCAGUGCAAUGCUCGGCUCACCCGUGUGCUAGAAGAGGAGCAGAAGCUGGUACAGCUGGGCCAGGCAGAGAAGAGGAAGACAGACCAGUUCCUGAGGGAUGCAGUGGAAACCAGACUGAGAAUGCUGAUCCCGUAUAUUGAGCACUGGCCCCGGGCCCUCAGCAUCCUCAUGCUCCCUCACAACAUCCCGCCCAGCCUGAACCUGCUUACCAACAUGGUGGACGACAUGUGGCAUUAUGCUGGGGACCAGUCCACUGAUUUCAACUGGUACACUCGCCGAGCUGUGCUGGCUGGCAUCUACAACACGACAGAGCUGGUGAUGAUGCAGGACUCAUCCCCAGACUUUGAGGACACUUGGCGCUUCUUGGAAAACCGGAUUAAUGACGCGAUGAACAUGGGCCACACUGCCAAUCAGGUAAAGUCCACUGGAGAGGCACUGGUGCAAGGACUCAUGGGUGCAGCAGUGACGCUCAAGAACUUGACAGGUCUAAACCAGCGCCGGUGAGCAAGAAGGGGUGUAAGCUAGAGUGCCCAGAAGAAAACCUGCGAAUACAUUAAAGGGCAAUGAAAAGCACGAAGUGCCAUCCAUGGAACAGGGUCUUAAUGAGAAAACACUCAAGGAUUCCUGUGUCACUACCACAACCACCUGGAAACCACAGGGCACUUAAUACAGUUGUGGCCCAGGAUUGGGCCACUUCUUCAGUUCUGAAUACCAGGCCUGGCCUCCUGAUGCCUCUCUGUGUUGCAGCUGUGUGAUUGAAAAAUGAGACUGUCAUCCAAGCAUUCAAUCCACAGAAACUCAGCACCUCCCUGUCAUCAUCCCACAGACACUUUGAUCACAUCAUGACCUUAGAAAUGCUCUCCGGGGCUUCUAAGUCAGAGUCAGGGUCUGAAGCCACCCAACGUGGCAGCUCAUCCACAGCACAGCACAGGCACCCAGAGGCGUUCCUUGCACCCUUGCCCUCUCCAGCAUCCCGAGAUACUGCACCUGGAAACACUCAGAAAGCUGCCUCACUUGAGAGAGGUGGCUGCGGGUGGUGGUACAUAGCCUGGUCAGAGGGAUGAUCCCAGGCCUGGUGUCGCAUUACACCAGCGUGUAUUGCAGAAUUAUUAGUGAACUUAGAGUCUGUAAAAUUAUAAUAAAUAUGUUUGAAUCAGU